CACCAGUUACAUUCAGACCAGGAUAGAGGCGAUGGAUCACUUAAAUAUAUCCUUUCAGGAGAUGGAGCAGGAGAUCUCUUCAUUAUCAAUGAAAACACAGGCGACAUACAGGCCACCAGGAGGCUGGACAGGGAGGAAAAGCCUGUAUACAUCCUUCGAGCUCAGGCUAUUAACAGAAGGACAGGAAGACCUGUGGAGCCUGAGUCUGAGUUCAUCAUCAAAAUCCAUGACAUCAACGACAAUGAGCCAAUAUUCACCAAGGACGUUUACACAGCCACUGUCCCGGAAAUGUCUGAUGUUGGCACAUUUGUUGUCCAGGUCACUGCAACAGAUGCCGAUGAUCCAACUUAUGGCAACAGUGCUAAAGUUGUCUACAGCAUCCUCCAGGGACAGCCGUACUUCUCAGUUGAAUCAGAAACAGGUAUCAUCAAGACAGCUUUGCUCAACAUGGAUCGAGAAAACAGAGAGCAGUACCAAGUGGUCAUCCAGGCCAAAGACAUGGGUGGCCAGAUGGGCGGCCUCUCAGGAACCACUACGGUGAACAUCACGCUGACCGACGUCAACGACAACCCGCCUCGAUUUCCCCAGAGUUCAUACCAAUUUAAAACACCUGAGUCUUCUCCACCGGGUACACCAAUUGGCAGGAUCAAAGCCAGUGAUGCUGAUGUAGGAGAAAAUGCGGAAAUUGAAUACAGCAUCACAGAUGGCGAGGGCCUGGAUAUGUUUGAUGUCAUCACAGACCAGGAAACCCAGGAAGGGAUUAUAACCGUCAAAAAGCUCUUGGACUUUGAAAAGAAGAAAGUGUAUACCCUGAAGGUGGAAGCUUCCAAUCCCCAUGUGGAACCGCGAUUUCUCUACCUGGGUCCAUUCAAAGAUUCAGCCACAGUGAGAAUUGUGGUGGAGGAUGUGGAUGAGCCUCCUGUCUUCAGCAAACUGGCCUACGUCCUACAGAUAAGAGAAGACGCUCAGAUAAACACCACAGUCGGCUCAGUCACAGCUCAAGAUCCAGACGCGGCCAGGAAUCCCGUCAAGUAUUCAGUAGAUCGACACACAGAUAUGGACAGAAUCUUCAACAUUGAUUCUGGAAAUGGUUCCAUUUUCACUUCAAAACUUCUUGAUCGAGAAACACUGCUGUGGCACAACAUUACAGUGAUAGCUACAGAGAUCAAUAAUCCAAAACAAAGCAGCCGAGUACCUCUAUAUAUUAAAGUUCUAGAUGUCAAUGACAAUGCCCCAGAAUUUGCUGAGUUCUAUGAAACCUUUGUCUGUGAAAAAGCAAAGGCAGAUCAGUUGAUUCAGACCCUGCGUGCCGUUGAUAAGGACGACCCUCACAGUGGACACAAGUUCUCAUUCUCUUUGGCCCCCGAAGCAGCCAUUGGCUCCAACUUCACCAUUCAAGACAACAAAGACAACACCGCGGGAAUCUUAACUCGGAGGAAUGGCUAUAAUAGACAUGAGAUGAGCACCUACCUCCUGCCUGUGGUCAUUUCAGAUAACGACUACCCAGUGCAAAGCAGCACGGGGACAGUGACUGUCCGGGUGUGUGCAUGUGACCGCCUUGGCAACAUGCAGUCCUGCCACGCCGAGGCCCUCAUCCAUCCCACGGGCCUGAGCACAGGGGCUCUGGUGGCCAUCCUUCUGUGCAUCGUGAUCCUACUAGGUAAACUGCUUCUCCCCGCAUCCUAUCUCCCCUUGCUGAGGGGCACACCCUGUUUCUGUGACACUCUAGAUUUUUCCGCCUCCCCCAUUAAGGCAUACAGCAUGAUCUAGGUGAGUAGAGUUAUAUGCUGGGAAUCUGUGUUACUCAAACAUGAACUCUUCUUUUUUUUAACUUGGAAAUGGCUUUGGAGCGUGAACAGGUGUGAAAUGUACCCAUGUCUAUGCUUACCCCCGCAGAUCAUCCCACCAAAAGAGUAUCUUGUCCAUCACAGGGGAAAUGAAUCUCAGAGGGAUUUGAGGGCGAAAUAAAUAUGCCCUUUUCAUUUCUUUUUUUUGUUUAAUAUUUAACUUGGCAAAUAUUGUUAAAUUUUAAAGAGUGAAAGUCAUCUGGUAUGGAGUAUAUGAUGAAGGUCCUUUCUACAAAGGUAAAGUUUAAGAUCAA